CUUUACUAAAUGUUCGGGACGAAAGUCAGUUUGCAAUCCUUUUGAGCAAACACAGCAGAUGAGUUCAGGCGAUAUAGUUGUGCCAAGAAUAACUGGAAGGCAAACCCUGCGCAAUAAUAUUGCAGCAGAAACUGCCAAAAUAUACUACCGACGAAUGUGUUUUACCUUUCAUUGAUCAUGUUAUUACAGAACUCGACGUUCGUUUUGAAUCACAUGAAUCGACGAUCGAAGGAAUUCAAAUGCUGUUACCUGAAAAAACCAGUAAUGACUCCAGGAUAAAAGAAAAUAUUGAAAAGAUUGCACAAACAUUUCUGGGUGGAGAAAAUGAAGGCACAAUAUUUCUGAGUGAAUAUGAGAUAUGGCACAAUCACUGGAAAUCUGUAGCACAAAAACCUGCAACUGUGCUCGACGCUAUCGAUAACUGCGAUGAUCAGUUUUUCCCUUCAAUAAAAAAGCUUCUAAAUAUCUUAGCCACACUCCCAGUGUCCACUGCAACCCCUGAAAGAUCUUUCUCUAUCUUAAAGAGGUUAAAAACUUACCUAAGAAAUAAAAUGGGCGAUGAAAGACUUACUGGUCUGGCUUUAAUGAGCGUACACCGAGAUCUGGUGGUGCAACUAGAUUCCGAGGAAAUUAUUAAUCAGUUAGCAAUAAAACGUAAAAGACUAAAUUUAUUACUUUAAAGUUUCAACUUUGUUACUUUUGAAUAAUAUUGCAAUACAUACAUUAAACUUUUUAUUUAAAGGCACCUACCUAAGUAACCUAAGUUAUAUAUUAUAGAUUACCCGCGACUAUACUUGCGUGUUUUAAUCGCAAUGUUUAAUCUGUAAGUAAUAGAUCCAGUUGGCGUUAGAGCUCUGUUUUUUUUACUUUGGGGACCCCCCCUUAUCAAAGCUAUAGCCGUGAAU